UCCAACGCAGCGGCGAUGGGGUCUCACCAGCUUUCCUCGCCAUUUCUUACCUUACCGCACCACACGACAGCCGAGGGAGAUCUCCCCACCCACACACCCCUUUCUCUCGCCUAUUUAUGCAUCCCUCCAUCCUCCCUCUUUCUUCGCAUAGGAGGCUGAUAGGAUAGAUUAAUGGAUAUGUUUUUGAUGUAGGAAAGGCCACGUUCGUUCGUCUUCGCUCCUUCCAUUUGCUUGCCGAGGCGGGCGGAAUCGGAGGAAGGAAAAAGAGAGAGGAAGAGGAAGAUAAGAGUUUGUUGUUGUUGUUGUUGUUUCUCUGAUGCCGCCUCGCAGAUCUUAGAAUCGCCCCGAUUGCUCUUCUCGUCUUCUCUCCCGGCGCACGCUUCAGAUCGGUGAGACCCUCCAAAACAGAAUGCGGUCGGAUCUCGGAAAGCUGUUCGUCGGUGGGAUUUCCUGGGACACCGACGAGGAGCGCCUGCGGGAGUACUUCAGGAACUACGGAGAGGUGGUGGAGGCCGUGAUCAUGAAGGACCGGACCACUGGCCGCGCUCGCGGUUUCGGAUUCGUUGUGUUCUCAGACCCGACCGUCGCGGAGCAGGUUGUCAUGGAAAAGCAUGUGAUCGAUGGUCGGAUGGUUGAGGCGAAGAAAGCUGUUCCCAAGGACGACCAACAGAUCCUCUAUAGAAACAACAGCAACGUGCAUGCUUCUCCUGUUAACGGCCGCACUAAGAAGAUUUUUGUGGGAGGCCUGCCAUCCACCAUUACGGAGGGUGACUUCAAGAAGUACUUUGAUCAGUUUGGGACAGUCACUGAUGUUGUGGUGAUGUAUGAUCACAACACCCGUAGGCCCAGGGGAUUUGGUUUCAUCACCUACGACUCAGAGGAUGCUGUGGAUAAGGUGCUAUUUAAAAGCUUCCAUGAGCUGAAUGGCAAGAUGGUAGAGGUCAAGAGAGCUGUUCCCAGAGAACUCUCCCCAGGGCCUAACAUGCGCUCCCCUAUUGGCGGAUAUAACUCUGGUCUGAAUAGAGUGAACAGCUUUCUGAAUGGAUAUACUCAGGGAUACAAUCCAAGCUUGAUUGGUGGCUACGGAAUGAGGACGGAUAGUCGAUUAGGACUUUCUAGUAGUGCAAGGAAUGGUUUCUCUUCAUUUGGUCCUGGCUUUGGAAUGAAGAUGAAUUUUGAACCUAGUAUGAUACCAAACUUUGGAGGGAAUUCAAGUUUUAGCAACAAUAUUGGAUAUGGGGGUGGAUUAAGCCCAUAUUACACUGGGAACUCCACUAGAUACACUAGUCCUAAUGGUUAUGGUGGGAGUAGUACAAAUACUAGCUCUGAUUUCAGCUCAAUGGUUCGGAAUGCUUGGGGUGGUAGAGGUCUUAGCUAUACUAUGAAUAAUGCAAGUUACAAUGACUAUAUGGCCUUUGGGAAUGGUAGCCUUGGCGGCUUUGCCAAUAGGACUUCGAACUGGGGAAGUGCUCCUCCUAUCUCAGCUCGGGCUGGGGAAAGCACUUCCAGUUAUGUUAGUGGGAAUCUCAGUUAUGGAGAUGAUGAUAGUGAUUUCGAUCUUGGUGCUGGCAAUUUUGGGAGAGAAGGUGGUACUAUAUCUGCUAAAACUUCCUUUGCUGCAUCAACUGGUGAAUUUGAAGGAAAUUAUGCGGAGCUGUACAGUGGCAGUUCAGUUUAUGGUGAUCCUACUUGGCGAUCAUCAUCUUCAGAACUUGAGGGUACUGGUCCAUUUGAAUAUGGGCUUGGUAAUAUGCCUUCAGAUAUCAUAGGCAAGGGCUCUGCUGGUUAUGCGGGCAAUUAUAAUGUUACCAAUAGACAACCAAAUAGAGGAAUUGCUACCUAAGGUGAUAUUUGCUACAUACUUAUCGAGUUCUAAGAUUACGAUAGGUGAACCAUCUUGCGAGUGAGGUGGACGGCUUUGAGUUUUUCAUAUCUCGUACAUUGUAUUGGUUAGUUAAUUUUAUACAGCUAACCUGGGAGGAAUCGGAAAAAAAAAGAAGAUCCAGAUCCAGAAUAUUCAAAAUAAUGGUUCUUGUGUCAAGCUUUGGAGUUUGAGUUUAGUUCCGUGUGCCAUGUAGAUUUCGUUUCUUUGGGUUUGAUUGAGAUGUAAUUUUGUCGGGGGAUACAUUCUGAACUGUUCAGAUUUAUGCAACCCAUGUGCCAAAUAGGCCUAGUUAUAUCUCUACAAAAAUGAAAGAUAGCAUGUUGUUGUACUAAGAGUUGGUUCUUGUCAGGUUCUUUGAUCUUCCUUGUUUGUUUCUAUUUAAUUUUGUUUUAUUUGUUCUUUCAGAUGUACCAGAGAUUAGGUUGUGUUGUUAUUGUGGAUUGUCCCAAAAUAACUAUAUCAUGUAUUACUUUCAAUAUCUGAAGUGAGGUGAUUCAUUAGUCA